UAAAACUGAAAAUUUAUGUAAAUUAGCAUUAAAAUUUUCAAGCAGAAAUUAAUAAUUCCCCAAUUUUUCUUAAGAAAUAAGAUUUUCAGGUUUCUUCUAGAACUUGACUUUAUACACUACUCAUCAAGAGACUUACAACUUAGGCUACAAUCAUCUUAACCACAUAUCAGAGAUUUUAUGAUAUAAUAUGAUAAUGUAUAAUUUUACAUUUAUCACACGCCUCAAUAAUCGUUAGGUUAUAUUCUUUAGGACUAAAUGAAGUUAUUUGUUUUCAUGAUAUCUUAUGAUAUCUUUUGGAUAUGAUUAGCAAAUUUUAUCUAUUUUCUUUACCACAUAUCGGAGAUUUUAUGAUGGAAUAUGAUAAUGUAUAGUUUUACUAUUAUUGACACGCGUCAAUAAUCGGUAGGUUAUAUUUUUUUGGACUAAAUGAAGUAAUUUUGUCUCAAUUUCUUGAUGAUAUCUUUUGGAUAUGAUUACUAUAUUUUAUCUGUUUUCUUAACCACAUAUCAGAGAUUUUAUGAUAGAAUAUGAUAAUGUAUAAUUUUACAUUUAUCGACACGCGUCAAUAAUCGAUAGGUUAUAUUAUUUAGGACUAAAUGAAGUAAUUUUGUCUCAAUUUCUUGAUGAUAUCUUUUGGAUAUGAUUACUAUAUUUUAUCAGUUUUCUUAACCACAUAUCAGAGAUUUUAUGAUGGCAUAUGAUAAUGUAUAGUUUUACUAUUAUCGACACGCGUCAAUAAUCGAUAGGUUAUAUUAUUUAGGACUAAAUGAAGUAAUUUUGUCUCAAUUUCUUGAUGAUAUCUUUUGGAUAUGAUUACUAAAUUUUAUCUGUCUUCUUAACCACAUAUCAGAGAUUUUAUCAUAGAAUAUGAUAAUGUAUAAUUUUACAUUUAUCGACACGCGUCAUUAGGCUAUAUUGUUUAGGACUAAAUGAAAUAAGUCUUUCACAAUUUCACGAUGAUAUCUUUUGAAAAUGAUUACUAACUUUUAUCUGUUUACUUAACCACAUAUCAGAGAUUUAUGAUUGAAUUUGAUAACUUUUAAUUUUACAUUUAUCGACAAAUAUAAAAAAAUUAACUUAUUCAGGAUUCUUCUAUAUAAUGAGCUUGGCUUGAUACACUACUCAUCAAGAGAGCGUUUUCUAAGUCUACAAUCAUCUUUGUCUUUGAACCUCUGAGUUGCUUCCCCUUCGAUUAGCUAGCUGCUAUGGAAACCGAUGGUCAGAGAGUGUACUCUGUUCUUACAACAAAUGAAGUUGGUGAGAAGAUGACGAGUGAAAUCAACCAGAUCUCGGAAGUCUUCUUGCUGUCCAAAUCUGAUGCAACCUUAAUCCUAAUCUCUCUCCGUUGGAACUCGUUCAAGGCUUCAGACCGUUUGGGCGACGACAAGGAGAAACUCCUCUCGGACUUAGGUUUGGUUAAAGUUUUCAGUUCGUGUCAAGAAAGCGAUUCUGUGUCUUCUUUCGCAGGUCAUGAAAAUCUGGUCUCCACACCCUUUUGUUCACACGAGUUUUCUGAAACUUGUUGGAAAAGUCAUCUCAACAACCUUCUGGAGAGGAAGACGGAGGAGGAAGAGAGAGUCCUUUGCCCUAACCCAGACUGUGUUGCUCCUGUUGGACCCGAUACGAUUGAGAAACUCACAGAACCAGCUGUGAAGAUGAUGUACGAUAGAUACAUUCUGGGAUCUUUCGUUGAGGCGAACAAGGAAUCGAUCAAGUGGUGUCCUGCGCCAGGUUGCGAAUACGCCAUUGAGCUUCAUGAGGAUCUCUUGGAAGAUGAUGAGUCUUCUCUUGACUUUGGUGUGGUGUGUUUGUGUGGUCACACAUUCUGUUGGAGUUGCACGCUCGAGUCACAUCGACCCGUGACCUGCAAGGAUGCUUCUGUUUGGUUUAGUUCCACCUUGGAUACGUUAAAGAGCAAUGCUUGGCUCCUUGAAAACACCAAACGUUGUCCUAACUGCAACUGUCACGUGCAGAGGACCGAUGACCCUGUUUUGAGAAUGAUAACUUGUAUCUGCAGUUGUAGCUUCUGUUGGCGCUGCUUUCGGUCAGAGGAAGAGCACAACGGAAAAUGGAAUUGUGUUGAAUUCUCUUUUCAGCUAUCAAUGAGACAAGUGGACGAUUCUCGUUACCUGCGUCUGUGGGAGACAUGUCUUGAAGAGUAUGAGAAUUCCAAGUCGGAUCUCAAAGCCAUAGAGGAGAACGGCGUUCCAAGACUGACGGAUAACUGCAGUUUUAACGAGCGAGACGUUGAUGCUGUAAAGGAAGCAUCUCUGCUUAUGGUCCAGUGUAGGCUUGUAUUGAAAUGGAGCUGUGCUUAUGAAUAUUUCAUAGCCAUGUACCAAAGCGCCAAGACGCAGUAUGUGAAGUACCUUCGAGGAGAAGCUACAAAGACACUUCUUAGGCACAUAGCGACUCACGAAGAGUUGAUGAAUAAAGCUCCCACAUCUGGUUAUUUCAGUUCCUUCAAGGUCAAGUUGUCAGACAGUUCAACAAUCACUGGUAACUACUUCCAUGAAUAUGUCAAGACUCUUGAAAGUGGUUUCCCUGAAAUUCAGGUUGACACUUAGUUCCAUAUGUAAUUUAUAAGAUUUUCUCUGGAUCAUUUGAAUGUGUUUGUACUUUGAAGACUUUUGAAUAAUUAACUACCUGUUCGUUUUUGUAUC